CCCUUCUGUAAAUGGUAGUAUAAGUGUUCUGUGCCAUAACUGCCACAGACCCUGAAGGUAUGGUACACUGCACCUCAUAUGAAGUAACACGAAGGCUUUUCGAGCAUGCGCAGCGUGGUAGCGUGGAUGAUAUGAGGCUUAUUCUCAGCAAAGAAUGCGGCAACGACGUCGAGCAGGCCGCGCUCUCCUUACGAACGAUAACUCAUGGGAAGCGUGGUGACACGUUGGCUCAUAUUGCGUGUAGAUGCGGUUCUCUGAACAUACUCCGAUUCCUCUGCGAAGAAGUUCACUGUCGGCUGCUCCUUGAAAGCCAGAACUAUGACGGCAAAAGGCCGUUACACGAAGCUGCCCAGCUGUCUCAACUUGACAUCGUGCAGUUUCUCAUUGAUCAAGGAUGCCAGAUAGAUCCUCUGAAAAGGGCCGACUGGACGCCACUUAUGUUGGCAUGUACGAAGAAUGACCUGGAAGUGGUUCAAGCACUGGUUGCAAGUGGUGCCAAUACAAGACUACGAAAUAAGGAUGGUUGGACACCAUUUCACAUAUCGUGCAGAUCCUGAGCUUUUAACAGCAGUAACGCAGUGCUUAGGUGAAAGUGGUGAAGCUGAUUUUAUUACCAGGGUAGAAAUGCAGUUCCUAACUGGAUGACUUUUUUAAUGGUGAAGCUGUUCCUGCUUGGCAUAAAGUGUGCAACCAUGCCCGAAAACUAUCAUCACCAUGAAUGGGUAUGUGCCACAGAAUUUGGCCAAACCCACUACUCACCGCUACGGCAUGGCCUGUAAUAACCCUGAGAACGAGUACAGAGAGAAUGGAAAUAAAUAUAUCAAGAAAGGAGCAAAAUUCUUGCUGAAAAAAAUAUUUUUCACGAGGCAGGAUUCGAACCAGCGUACCCUCAUUCCGAAG